GUGCCUGCGAGGGAGAAGUCAGAGCGGUCGCGUGGCGUUGAAGGCUCUAUAUGAGUCGGAAGGAGAAGGACCUGCAGUGGGAGAAACUCUCCCCUGCAGAGUUCCAGCAACUUCAAGAUCUCCAGUCAUAUUCAUCAAAGAAACUACAAGAUGUGCUGGACGAGUGUAGCGGCACUGGACCCCUGUCGCGCUACUGCCUCGAAGAUGAUAUCGACUUCGAGGGCUUCAGGCUGUUUAUGGACACAUACCUGGAAGCAGAAACCCCCGAGGAGCUGUGCAAACAUCUCUUCCUGUCUUUCGUCAAGACACCACAUGCCAAAGAGCCAGGUGGGAGUGAUGAGGAGGAGGAGGGGGCGGCGGCGGCGGCGGCGGUGUCGUCGCCCACGUCUGUGCGCCACGUGGGAGCCACGUGGGCGUCGGCGAGCAGCCUGGCGCCCAGCAGGCUGGCGGAGCGCCUCGGGCUGGCAGACCGCGAGCGCCAGGCCCGCGCGUCAGACGCCGGCGCGCGGCCCCGCACAGGUACGCCUGCACACUCUAACUCCGUCAAAAGUCCACCACUCCUGCUUCUCAACUUUCCAGAAUAUUCUAUGCAAGACUACGAUAUUUCCCUCAAGACAAAAAAGCUUCUACGAAAGAAAAUCUAA